GGUACAUAAUUAUGUACCUACUUAGUAUCUUCUGAAAGUUCUCACCAACUAAUUUAGAGAUUGCCUUAUUCUGGAAAGCGCAGUGAUCCACAAAACACAAGAGAUGAUGUUGUUUUUGAGUGAUUGAAAAGAUUAUUAAUUAAGUAACUUGCAUACUUAACUAUUACUUUCAUAAUCUUUAUCAGGUCGGAGGGGUCGAGAUUUUAAUAACGGGAUCUUUCUAAGGUUUACAGGGUAAAUGGCAGAGAUAUUCUGAAGGCUGAAAUCCGUGGUUCAAGCUGAGCGUUUGACCGUAAAUUUUUCUCAUUAAUAUUUUAAGUUUUAACACGCAGAAUCGCUUUUCUAUACAGAAUAGUAUUAGGUAUUUUCUCUAUGCCUCGUGCUAUGAAAAGAAAAGAUUUCUGUUUAUUUACGUGAGGUUUACGUAGAAAAUUGUAAAUCAACAUGAAAUAAAUUCAAAUAGCAAAAUGUUAUUGCAAAUAAAAAUUUAUGCAAUUGCUAUCCUCUACGCCCUGGGGGCCAUCUUCAUGCUGCUAUUUCCACCACGAAACUUCUUACGGUCAGGGGCGAAACUAUCCGCCCUACGAAGCAGCAGCGCUGGUCUCACCUACGACCAUUACCUCUCCCACCAAGAGAUAUUGGACCUGUGCGAGCAGAUCUCCAAAACCGAUCCAGAUCUGGCCAAUAUGGUGGAACUGGAACCCAGGACUGCGCAAAAUAGGACCAUAACCGCCUUGGAACUGCGCAGUGACAGUCAAACGAAGAAACCUGGCAUUCUCAUUGUAGGAGGUCUGGACGGCAUGGCGUGGGGCGUACCCAACGCGAUGUUGGAGCUGGCUGACCGGCUGCUGCACGACAGCAACUACCAGGCACCAUUCUUCAACGACUACGAUUGGUACCUCAUACCGCUGGCCAACCCUGACGGCCUGACGUUCACGCAAGCCAUUCGCGACAAUAAGCCAGUGAACGCGUCCACGUGGUCUGCCAACCUCACGGCGCGCGAGGGCACCAGGCCUGAUGCGUGGCACAAGAAUAUGGAGAAAGAUGAUAGCCACCCGUGCUUCGGAGUGCGUGUUAACAGAAACUUUGCGUACCAUUGGCAAGACGACCACGCCCACAGGCCGGACCGCUGCUCGCAGGCGUUCCCCGGACCGCGUCCGUUCUCCGCGCGCGAGGCGCAGGCGGUCCGGGGCUACGUGGACCGCCUGGACCGCCGCGUGCAGCUGGCUGUGCAUCUGCAGCCCAGCUAUGAGGCGAAGAAGGACCUGCUGCUCUACCCGUGGCGGUACACGCUCCGCGCGCAGAGUAACCAGCAGACCCUGCAGGCCAUCGGCGAGCGCGCCGCGCGGCACUCGCGCCUGCCAGACGGGAGGAUCUAUGAGGUCCACCAAGGCAGCAGCGAGCGCGUGGUGGCGGGGUCCCUGAGCGACUACCUGUCCGGCGUGGUCGGCGCGGAGCUGGUGUACCUGCUGCAGCCGCACCACCAGCUGUAUCCCAACUAUACGGACACUGAUGUACUGGAGUCAUUUGUAAACCGAGCGAUGCUCGCCAUCCUGAGCUUGGUCCGCGCGUGGCGUAAGAGCGAGAAGACCAAUACUCUAUCCUUCUUUGGCACUGAAGUAGAGUUCUAA